GGACUCACAGUUGGAAAUUCGAGGUGGGUGGCUGAGACAGUUGGUGACCAUCUUGUUAUGUUGAAGGCAGAUCUUUCAGUACGAGGACACUAGUGGCAGAGGCAGUGUGCAAAACCACAAAUCCGGGAGAGGUGCUUCCUGAUCUCCUCACCCAACACCCAGUGUUGUGAGCUGGUACUGGGAUGGACAGUAACUAACAGGAGAAAGUGACCAUGCAGCAGAAUCUCAAGGCCAGCUCUUCUGAACGGGAGGUCCUCAUCGGUCCUUACAGGAUCCUCAAGACCCUUGGCACAGGCAACUUUGCUCAGGUGAAAUUGGCUGUCCACCUGCACACAGAGGUGCAGGUUGCUCUGAAGACCCUGGAGAAGGAUAAAAAGAAUGCUACUCUGAUUUCAAAUGAGCUGGAGAUCAUGAAAUUAGUAGACCACCCUAAUAUAACCAAACUGUUCCAUGUCAUGGAGACUACUGAACACAUCUGCAUGGUUAUGGAGUAUGCUUCUGGUGGUGAUCUGGCUGGUCGCAUCAUAGAGGUGAGCUACAUUCAUGAAGAGGAGGCCCGACACAUCUUCACACAGAUAGUUUGUGCAGUUAAUUACUGCCAUGAGAAUGGCAUUGCGCACAGGGACAUCAAACCAGAAAACAUUCUGAUGGAUGCAAAUAGAAACAUCAAACUGUGUGACUUUGGCCUGGCCAUCAAGGUUAACACCGAGCAGAAGUCAACAGUGUUCUGUGGCACCCUUCCUUACUGUGCUCCGGAACUUUUCAGCAUCCAAAGCUAUGAUCCUAGGGCACUUGAUAUCUGGAGCAUGGGGGUGGUACUAUACAUCAUGGUGACAAAACACUACCCAUUCAAAGCAACAACGUACGACAAGAUGAAGGAGGAGAUGCAGGAUCCACAUUACUACAUUCCGCCAAAGCUCCCAGCACACGUCUCCAACCUCAUUGUGCGGUUGUUCACUAUUGAUCCUAUGCAGAGGCCCAAGAUAGGUGACAUUAUGGAACAUCAGUGGCUGCAGGGCAGUAAGGAGCUUUCAAAAAUAAACCUACCCCAAGAAACACUCAGCAGCAAGCCCAACCCCAGUAUUAUGGCAGCUAUGGGGGCCAUGGGCUACAACCCCAAGGACAUUACAGACUCUCUCUAUAAAAAAAAAUUUAAUAGCAUCAUGGCAACUUACUUAAUCUUAAAACAUCAGUCACCCUGUGGGGACAACACUAACCACAAGGUUAAACUUAUGCAGUCCAGUAUUGGCAAGAUGCCCACAGAUCCUCCCACUGUCCAUCUCUUCCUAAAGAAGAUAGGGAGUGAUCCUGACAAUUCCACCUCUGCCUCACCAGCAAAAGACCAGUCCCACAAUGAUGACAAGCUUGUAAGGAAGGACAGCAAGAAUCACAGCACGACUGAUGUUCUGUGCUGCCAGCAGAUGAGCCCGCCUCCCCAAACAGCUGCCCAGUGUGGUCCUGUGCAGCAUCACCAGGAGCUUCUCUUGAACAGCAGCUUGCAGAAGAGAGGCACAGCUUCAAGUGCUGUGUCCCGUGGUCCUGUGCAGCAUGAUGAUAAACAGCCCUUGAACAGAGGCUUGCAGAAGAGAAACAUGGCUUCUAGUGCUGCAUCCUGUGGUCCUGUGCAUCAUGACCAUGAGAGGCCCUUAAGCAGCAGCUUGCAGAAGAGAGGCAUGGUUUCUAAGGCCGUGUCCUGUGGUCCUGUGCAGAAGAGAGGCAUGGUUUCUAAGGGCGUGUCCUGUGGUCCUGUGCAGUAUGACCACAAGCAGCUUCUGAGCAGCAGCGUGCAGAAGAGAAGCACAGCUUCCAAUGCUGCAUCUUGUAGUCUUGUGGAGUACGAUGAUGAGCAGCCCCCGAGCAGCAGCUUGCAGAAGAAAGUUUCUAAGGCCGUGUCCUGUGGUCCUGUGCAGUAUGACCACAAGCAGCCCCCGAGCAGCAGCUUACAGAAGAGAGGCAUGGUUUCUAAGGCUGUGUCCUGUGGUCCUGUGCAGUAUGACCGUGAACAGCCCCAGAGCAGCAGCUUGCAGAAGAGAGGCAUGGUUUCUAAGGCCGUCCCCUGUGACCACAAGCAGCCCCCGAGCAGCAGCUUGCAGAAGAGAGGCAUGGUUUCUAAGGCUGUGUCCUGUGGUCCUGUGCAGUAUGACCGUGAGCAGCCCCCGAGCAGCAGCUUGCAGAAGAGAGGCAUGGUUUCUAAGGCUGUCUCCUGUGGUCCCAUGAAGUAUGACCGUGAGCAGCCCCCGAGCAGCAGCUUGCAGAAGAGAGGCAUGGUUUCUAAGGCUGUCUCCUGUGGUCCCAUGAAGUAUGACCGUGAGCAGCCCCCGAGCAGCAGCUUGCAGAAGAGAGUUUCUAAGGUUGUAUCCUGUGGUCCUGUGCAGUAUGACCGUGAGCAGCCCCCGAGCAGCAGCUUGCAGAAGAGAGUUUCUAAGGCUGUAUCCUGUGGUCCUGUGCAGUAUGACUGUGAGCAGCCCCCGAGCAGCAGCUUGCAGAAGAGAAGCAUAGUUUCUAAGGCCGUGUCCUGUGGUCCUGUGCAGAAGAGAGGCAUGGUUUCUAAGGCCGUCUCCUGUGGUCCCGUGAAGUAUGACCGUGAGCAGCCCCCAAGCAGCAGCUUGCAGAAGAGCUUAUCUUCAAAGGCCGUGUCCUGUGGUCCUGUGCAGUAUGACCGUGAGCAGCCCCCAAGCAGCAGCUUGCAAAAGAAAAGCAUGGUUUCCAGGGCUGUGUCUCAUAGUCCUGUGCAGCUCUUGAACAGCAACUUGCAAAAAAGAGGCAUAGUUUCCAAGGGUAUGUCCUGUGAUUCCAUGCAGCAUGACCAUGAACAGCUCCUAAGCAGCUCCAUGCAGAAGAGAAACACAGUGGCUUCCAGGUGUGUGUCCCCAGGCACAGAAUCCUCCAUGGGUAUUCUUUCUGAGUACCACAUCUCCCAGGUGGAUCCCCAGAGUGAAUCCCUGACUAAGUGCAGCUCAUACCUCCACAAUAUAGCAUCUGUAUGGAGCUCUGAGGAGCCACAGGAUAUGACCACCACAGACAGUCAUCAUAAGGACAGAAGCUUUUCCUUGCAGGAAACAUCUGAACCAAGCUUUGACAGUGCCCAGUCCCAGUGUGCGACCACAGCCUCUUCUCAGAACCUAUCGGGUGGAUGGAAGCGGGUGAAAAGAAGGACAGUGAAGUGUUUAAGGAGAUUAUGCUGCUGUCUGCCAGCCCAAAGGAGAAGCUGCACUUCCCAGAGGAGAGUGCUUCCACAGGAAGCAGGAGAAAGCAGAGCCACACAAAGCCAGGUGUCAGGGGACAGUGGAGUCACACAAAACCAGGUGAGAGGGGAUAGUGGAGUCAUACAAAACCAAGUGUGGGGGCGAGAGUGGAGACACAAAGCCAGGUAG